GGCGGGCCUGGCGCGCAGGUGGCUGCACCCCGACGAGGGGGCGGGCUCAGCCGGCCGGUCGCGCCCCGAAACCCGGGCAGCCCAGACACCGCUCCACCUGCCCGAGAGCCCGCAACGGUGCCGGCAGCCCAGGCGCUCCGCCGUCGCCCCCGCCUCGCCGAGCGCCCCUGCGCCGCCCGCCAGUCGUCCGCCCGGAGCCCGCCCCGCCGCCGCGCUGCACGCCCGUAGUGCGCCCUCUGCCCUCGAGGGGCCAGGGGGCCCGGCCGCCGUCAUGCUGCCCGUCAUCUACGCGGUCCUGGCGGCGGUGCUGCUCCUGCCGCUGCUGAUGAACCUCUGCUCCCCCUACUUCUUCCAGGACGUGAGCUACUUCCUGCGGUUGGCCAGGAUGGCCCGGCAGGUGCGCCGCUAUGGGCAGCGCCGGCCGGUGCGCACCAUCCUCCACGCCUUUCUGGAGAGAGCACACCAGAGCCCGCACAAGCCGUUCCUGCUCUUCCGCGACCAGACGCUCACCUACGUGCAGGUGGACCGACGCAGCAACCAAGUGGCGAGGGCGCUGCGCGACCGCCUCGGCCUCCGGCAGGGAGAGUGCGUGGCGAUAUUCCUGGGCAACGAACCGGCCUACGUAUGGCUGUGGCUGGGGCUGGCCAAGCUGGGCUGUGCCAUGGCGUGCCUCAACUGUAACAUCCGCGGCAAGUCCCUGCUGCACUGCUUCCAGUGCUGCGGGGCGAAGGUGCUCCUGGCCUCGCCAGAACUACAAGCAGCUGUUGAAGAGGUGCUGCCAAGCCUGAAAAAAGAUGGUGUGGCCGUCUAUUACGUGAGCAGAAGUUCUAACACCGAUGGGGUCGACUCUUUCUUAGAUAAAGUGGAUGAAGUGUCAACUGAAUCUAUCCCAGAGUCCUGGAGGUCGGAAGUGACCUUUUCCACUCCUGCCUUAUACAUUUAUACUUCUGGAACCACAGGUCUCCCGAAAGCUGCAAUGAUCAAUCAUCUUCGCGUUUGGUAUGGAGCCAACCUUGCUGCCGCCAGCGGGAUAACGGAGAAUGAUGUAGUCUAUACCACACUACCCUUGUACCACAGUGCUGCACUUUUGGUUGGCUUACAUGGAUGUAUCCUGACUGGUGCUACCGUUGUUUUGCGGGCCAAAUUUUCAGCCAGCCAGUUUUGGGAUGACUGCAGAAAAUAUAACGUCACUAUCAUUCAGUAUAUCGGUGAACUGCUUCGGUAUUUAUGCAACUCUCCCCAGAAACCAAACGAUCGUGACCAUAAAGUGAGAAUGGCAUUGGGAAAUGGUUUGCGAGGAGAUGUGUGGAGAGAAUUCAUCAAGAGAUUUGGGGACAUUCACAUUUAUGAGUUCUAUGCUUCCACUGAAGGCAAUAUCGGAUUUAUGAAUUACACGAGAAAAGUCGGUGCUGUUGGAAGAGUAAACUACCUACAGAGAAAAGUCGUAACUUAUGAGCUGAUUAAAUAUGAUGUGGAGAAAGAUGAACCCGUUCGAGAUGGAAAUGGAUAUUGCAUCAAAGUUCCCAAAGGUGAAGUCGGACUCCUGGUUUGCAGAAUCACACAACUCACACCAUUUAGUGGCUAUGCUGGAGGAAAGACUCAGACAGAGAAGAAAAAACUGAGAGAUGUCUUUAAGAAAGGAGACCUCUAUUUCAACAGUGGAGAUCUCUUAAUGAUGGACCACGAAAAUUUUAUCUACUUCCACGACAGAGUUGGAGAUACAUUCCGGUGGAAAGGGGAAAAUGUGGCCACCACUGAAGUCGCUGACAUAGUAGGACUGGUUGAUUUUGUCCAAGAAGUGAAUGUUUAUGGCGUGUCUGUGCCAGGUCACGAGGGUCGAAUUGGCAUGGCCUCCAUCAAGAUGAAGGAAGACCAUGAAUUUGAUGGAAGGAAACUCUUUAAGCAUGUGGCCGAUUACCUGCCCAAUUAUGCAAGGCCCCGGUUUCUAAGAAUACAGGACACCAUUGAGAUCACUGGAACUUUUAAACACCGAAAAGUGACCCUCAUGGAAGAGGGCUUUAACCCUGCAGUUAUCAAAGAUGCCUUAUAUUUCUUGGAUGACAAAGCAGAAAUGUAUGUGCCGAUGACUGAGGACAUUUACAAUGCCAUUAAUGAUAAAACUCUGAAACUCUGAAUAUUACCAGGAGGGUAACUCAGUGUAUUUCUAGAAAGAAACUGAAUGGACCUAGUACAGCCACUUGAUAUAAUCCCACUUUAAUUUGACUGAAGAUUGUGCAGUGCAAUUUUUUUAUGCAUACCAGUAAGGGGAGACUUUUUAAAAUUACACCCGAACCUUUGCAAGUGAAAAGAUUUAGAUGUAAUUGUUUUUCAAUUUGCACCUACUGUUUGUAUUUGCAAACUAAGCUUGUUAGAGGGAGGAUGUUAUUUUUUAAAAUAUGUAAUAAAAUAG